AUGGGAAUAGCGCUUAAAGAAACUAAAUACCUUCUAGCAAAUUCAGCUCCGGUGAUACUUGGAUACGCUUUGCAGAAUUCCUUACAAAGCUGCUCAGUUAUUAUAACAGGGAGACUUGGAGCAAAUGAACUUUCUGUGGCAGCCUUUGCCUAUAUGUUUGCAAUGAGCACUGGCUGGUUAAUUGCACUAGGCGGAACAACCGCUUUUGACACAUUUGGCUCCAAUCUAUGGGGAGCUGGAAAGAAGCAUGAAUUGGGAAUUUUAUUUCAAACGGCAAUCAUUAUCCUCAGUUUUUUAUAUCUACCAGUGUGUUUAGUGUGGUGGUUCUCCAAACCUAUUUUGAUAUUCCUACAUCAAACUCCAGAGUUAGCCGAAGCUUCUCAAAAUUUUUUACGAUACCUUAUUCCAGGAGGUUUAGGAUAUAUAUGCUUUGAAUUGUUAAAAAAGUAUUUACAGACACAGGAAAUUACUAGGGCUGGAUCAUAUGUCCUUUUAGUUACUUCGCCCCUUAAUAUUGCACUCAAUUAUAUAUCUAUUCAUUACUAUGAUCUAGGUUUAAAAGGUGCUCCAUUGGCAACCGGCUUCUCAUACUGGCUUUCUUUUAUAUUAUUAACCCAGUAUGCAAAAUACGUGAAAGGAGCAGAAGCUUGGGGUGGUUGGAACAGAAAAUGUAUCGAUAAUAUUUUUCCCUUUCUUAAAUUAUCCUUAUUAGGAAUAAUUAUGGUAGGUACAGAGUGGUGGGCUUUCGAAAUUGUAGCACUCAUGGCUGGUAAACUUGGUGCUGUGCCGCUUGCGGCUCAAUCGAUUAUAAUGACAACCGACCAAUUACUUAAUACUAUUCCUUUUGGUCUCGGUAUCAUAACCUCGAAUAGAAUUGCUUACUACCUUGGUGCGGGAUUACCUAACAGUGCCUCUUCAGUAGCUGAAGUUGCAGCUGUUGUCGGUGCUACAUUAGGGACUGUCAUUAUGAUUAUUAUGAUUGCUUUAAGGCAAGUGUUUGGAAAGCUUUUCACGGAGGAUCCUGAUGUCAUUAAUUUAGUCGCAAUUGUUUUGCCCUUAGUAGCUAUAUUUCAAAUUUCAGAUUCCUUGAAUGGUACAAUGGGAGGAGCUUUGCGAGGAACAAAGAGACAAGAAGUUGGUGCAAUGGUAAAUAUCAGUGCCUAUUACCUGUUUUCUUUACCUCUAGGUAUUAGCUUAGCGUUUCACGGAAAGGGGUUAGCUGGCCUUUGGAUUGGUCAGGUAAUCGCAUUAUCCUUAGUUGGAAUCCUGGAACUGAAAUUCGUUAUGGCCACCGACUGGUACAUGCAAGCAAGGAAGGCAGUUAUAGGUUCUGACGAGCCUAAUGAAUAUAGUGCAUUACUCGGUAGGAACUCACAGUGA